AUGUUGAGAGGUCAAACAGACAAAGUUACCAUGAGGGAAAUCACUCUUUUAAGUCAAAUCAGGCAUCCUAAUAUUGUUUCAAUAAUGGCUCUUGGAGAAUCCGAUCAACAGCUUCAAAUAAUAAUGGAGUACUUUGCAUCCUUCUGCUUGUACAGUAUUUUGUUUGACAAAACAAUUUCUGAACAAUUUACAUUGGAUCAAGAUAAUAUGAAAUCAAUUGCUCAUCAAAAUAGCAUGGCUCUUACCUACUUACAUUUACAUUCCCCUCAAAUCAUUCAUCGAGACGUCAAGCCCUCAAAUGUAUUGGUCAACAGGAACUUCCUAGUAAAGCUGUGUGACCUAGGAUUGGGUAAAUGUGAAAUGUUACAGAACAGUUUAGUCUCUACAAUAAAAGGUGGCAUGUGUGGAACACAUAUGUAUAUGGCCCCCGAAAUUUUUUUGCAGAGGAAGGGAGCAACUGCAGCUUGCGAUGUGUCGUCGUUUGGAUGA